UUAUUUGGGGUGAGCAUGGUUGUUCCUUUAAUGAAUCUUCAUAUCAAAUCUCUAGGAGCAAGUCAUACAGUUGCUGGAAUCAUAGGAUCUCUCUAUGGUGUAAUGCAGCUAUUUUCCAGCACAUUUGUGGGCUGCUGGAGUGACAUAGUAGGAAGACGGUAUUCCCUGCUUGCUUGUAUUCUUCUCAGUGCACUGGGUUACUUCCUUCUUGGAAAUUCCACCACAGUGUUCUUGUUUGCUCUUUCUAGAGUCCCUGUAGGUAUUUUCAAACACACGCUUUCCAUCUCUAAAGCCCUGCUGUCUGACCUGGUUUCGGAGAGGGAUCGGCCUUUAGUCAUGGGGCGCUUCAAUGCAGCCUCCAGUGUGGGCUUCAUUCUGGGUCCUGUUGUUGGUGGCUACCUUGCCGAGUUCGAAGGUGGCUUUUACCAAACAUCCUUCAUCUGUGCCUCUAUCUUCCUUCUGAAUGGUGGUCUUGUCUGGAUGCUACCCUGGAGUGAAGAAAACACUAGCAACAGGGACCAUUACCAAGACAAAGGAACAAACAAUUGCUCAGCAAAAUCAAAUCAUGACCUUCACUUGAAAUCAGCAAGUAGUAGAGCUGUGACAAACCAUAGUUUUUUCCAGUCUUCAUGGAUCCAAGUUGCAACAGUGCUGAAGAAGAUUAAAGGAAUUGCGUGCUCUAAUUUGUGGGAUGUAUUUUUAGUGCGGUUCCUGAUGUCUGUUGCUAUACUGUUGUACUAUAGUAAUUUUACUCUGGCCUUGGAGGAGAGGUUUGGGGUGAAACCCUUGUUUGCUGGAUACCUAAUGAGCUAUAGCAGUGCACUUGGAGUCCUGGCUGGUUGUCUGCUUGGACCAAUAACAAGACUCUAUGGGCACAACACUUACAGACUUCUGUUGCACUCCAGCACUUUUACCUGCAUGCUGAUUCUCCUGUAUGCAUCAGCACCGAGCAUAUGGCUGGUCAUUUUGUCCUCCACGUUCUUGGCCUUCUCCACAACCAUAGGCCGUACCUGUAUCAUUGAUCUGGAGCUGACUGUUGGUGGGAACGAGGCCAGCGGUACACUCCUAGGUGUUGGACAGUCGGUGACAUCAGUGGGACGUAUUAUUGCCCCACUCCUUUCUGGAAUUGCUCAGGAGUUCAGUCCUUGUGGACCCCCAAGUCUAGCUGUGGGAUUAGCAUUACUUGCUAUUGUGAUAAUGAAUGCAAACAAAGAAAAAUACCGUAGUCAUGGAAGUGUGAAGUUAAAAAAUCAGUAG